GGGGUCUUUGACGUGGCAUCAAUAAACAAAGAUGGCGGCUAAGUAGAAAGUUUUCCUGGAUUGUUACUUACUUUUGGCAUUUUAAGUUGAUGGUUUCGCUAAAUAUUUAAUAGCUAACAAAUAUCUCGUGUCGCUAAAUUCCUAGGAUAUCAAUCUUAAAAUGGCUGGGUGGUCAGGGUUUUCGGAAGAGGAGCUACGAAAGUUGCAGCAAAAAGACCAGGCGGUGCCUGCGGCUUUAGGUCGUGGACGGAAACCAGCUCCUACUAACCGGAGUCGGCAGCAGUUGCAGCGAGAGCGAGCCCUCCAGUUAGCCACUCAGCAGAAGAGUGGACCCGGCUCGUCUGCACUACCACCCGAGCAGCAGCUAACCAAGCCUCCGCCGCAGCCCACUAAGGCCCUGCCAAAGGCUGUCAUUCAGCCCGUUGUCGCCCCGACAAAGCUGGUGGAGGAACCCAGCCAAAAAGAGACCCUUGCCGUAAACCAUGCUCCUGCACCAGCAGAGGACACAUCGCCGAUUGUCAAGGAGUUGGAAAAACAAGAGGUGGAAUUUCGGGAGAAGACUCGCAUAGAGCUGCUUCAGCAAGACCAAAAGAUGAUGGAAGAGAGGAAUAAGCGCAAGAAAGCCCUCCUGACCAAGACCAUCGCUGAGAAAUCCAAACAGACCCAGGCAGAGUCAGUGAAGCUGAAGAGGAUCCAGAAAGACUUGCAGACUCUGGACAAUAUGGUGUCCAAUGACAUCUGCAUACUGAGAGGUGUGAUAGAGCAGGCCAGCUGGGACUAUAACACUGCAAGGUAA